AUGUCGUCGUCGACUCACCAUCCCACCAACCCCGUCCAGCCAGAGCCCAGCCAACCUGUCCGCGACGAUGCCAUGAUGCAGUUUAGAGAGAUCGCCCCUGACCGCAAAAGAGAACACGAGUCAGCUCUGGGCCUCCCUACACCACUCGUACCCCCACAACCCAGUGUCAAAAGAACCAAAACUGAACAGGCGUGUUCGAAUUGCAGAGCGCUGCGCCGAAAAGAAAACUCCCUCCCCUGCCAAUAUGGAGGUGACGCUCGUGCCCCGGAGAAACUCACUCUGGCAAAAGCGAUGAAGAGAAUUGCGCAGCUUGAAGAACGCUUACGUAUCUACGAAGGCUACACUACCGGACAGAGCCUCAACGACCCGGGUCUUAGUCCUCCUCGCUAUUCCGAUCAAAUAUAUGGGACGACGACCGAAACGAAUCGGAGCGAAGACGAUAUGGCCCAACUUCUUCGAGGUGUAAACUACCUGACAAUCUCCCGAAAUCCCGAGUUCUACGGCGGCUCUUCCUCCAAUGCCAUCAUCAGUGCCGUGGAAGCAACAGAUGAAUCGGAAGACCAACCGUCUACUUCUCGGAUGGAGUCACCACUAAACAGAGCUAGCUUGUGGCUCGAGAAUGCUGCCAACCUUAGGUUCGCCAAAGUUGCAGGAUCUUCGCUGCCUCCAAGGUCCGUCGCCGACGACUAUGUCAACCGCUACUUUCAAACUGCCCAUCGCCUAUAUCCCAUCCUCAACCGCACCACUUUCAUGGAACGUUAUCGAAACUUUUGGGAAGGCCUACCUACAGAAGGAAAAGGGUAUGAGCUUUGGGCUGCUGUCUUGUACAUGGUCCUAGCCCACGGUCAUCAAUGCAGCACUGUCGACCCAGAUGAUCGAGUCCGAAACGAUGCUCUUGCCUCACAGCAUGGGGAGACUUGCUUCAAUUUAGCCAAAUCCACCUUUGCCGACGUUCCUUUUUCUGGUGGUGACAUGUCUGCAGUAAACUCCAUGUUUCUUGCCUUUGUCUGGCUCUUUAAUCAACAGAGACUCCACGAAGCAUAUGCAAUGCUGGGAACUUCGGUAAGAGUCGGUUACGCCAUCGGUCUUCACCGAGAGCUCAUGCCACUUGAUGCUCACGUUCUUGAUACUAAUGGAUGGUGCGCAACCUGGUGGGAACUCGCCACACUAUCUGGCCGUCCUUGUGGUAUCCAACCACGAGAGGUUGACGUAAGACCGUUUCCCUUGGAUACCUCGCCUAUUGAUCUCCAAUAUCUGGAGCGGAUGCGACAGUUUUCCUAUUUGGCAUGGGACGCAUAUGAACAAGUUUACUCGCUCGCUUUCAAACACUCUGGAGUCAGUGAACGCGCUGCGGCUCUUCGUGCAGCUGAUGGUGCCAUCUGCGCUUGGUAUGACAGCUGGUACCAUGAUUCCACAUGGUCCAAGGAACCGCAUGGCCUGGUUAUCCGACUGCGCUACUUGAAUCUUAGAAUCCUCCUAUACCGGGCAUUCCUCAACCUGGUUGUACAGAAACGAGAGAAGCAGAUGAACGUGAGUGAUGAAUCAGUCGUGGCAGCGGCAAAGUGCAUCGAAAUGGCCAUGUCGCUGAUAAACGUUACGACCACUUCUAUCAACGCCGGAAGCUCUGGUACCCUCCAAGCAGCCCUGUUUCAUACAAUGGGUUACCUCUGGAAUGCGACUCUUACGCUUCUGCUGUACGUGAGAAGCGAAUCCACUCAUGAUCUUCUCGCGGCCACGAUACCGGAUCGGAGCAAGAUUAAUGACAACAUCGAGUCCGCUGCGGUAUUUUUCACCAGACACCAGGAGGCUUUACCAUUUGCUCGUGUGGCAUCAGAGAAGAUCCAUCGGCUAUUGAAAAAGGUAGCCACCGGGUAUGUCUCAAGCGACACACCAAGUACGUCGACCGAUAUCCACGCUGGCUUCGCUGUUCCCGAUCUGGAGUCACCGGAUCGAAUACUGAAUUUUGUCCCGGGAUUCGACGUUCCAACAUUUGAUAUUCCCCGUUUCAAUUUUGAGAUGGCCUUUUCGGAUGCCCCACCACAAGGUGACCUCCCAGGCAAUCAUGCCAACGCGCACUGGAGUCCUGAAGGUGAAGGGUUCUAUUUCUAUGGAUCUCCCGAGGCAGGAUAG